CCCGCAAAAUCUUCGGAGAUCUAUCGGAGACGGACCGGAAGCAGCGUGAGGUUACCAAAGUGUCUCCUGGAGUCUCGCACUUGAUCCGUCCUCAGAAAGUCAUCAGCUGCUGUUGGUUGCCCACUUACUCCAGAGAAGAUGUUGAGAAGUGCCUCAGCACAGAUGUUCCGACAGUUGGUGAGAUACGGGAGCACUGACACCAGCCUCAUCCUGGAGAGAUCGAUAAACCGCGUGCAGCUGCUGGGCCGGGUGGGUCAGGACCCGGUGAUGAGACAGGUGGACGGUCGCAACCCUGUGACCAUCUUCUCCAUAGCAACCAAUGAGAUGUGGCGCACCGGAGAGCCAGAGAUGAAUGAAACAGGUGACAUCAGUCAGAAGACGACGUGGCAUCGCAUAUCGGUGUUCAAACCCGGUCUGAGAGACGUGGCCUACCAGUACGUCAAGAAAGGUUCCAGGAUUCUAGUGGAGGGAAAACUGGACUACGGAGAGUACACAGACAAGAACCAAGUCAGACGUCAGGCCACCACCAUCAUCGCAGACAACAUUGUCUUCCUGAGCGACAAAGAGAGAAUGUGAAGGACUUUCUUCCUGGUCUCCGCCCAACAAGUCAACUUCUUUUUUGUAUUUUCUUGUUUAUUCAAAAGUAACAUUGAGGACUCUGAAUGCCACCAAGUAAAGGAACUGACUUACACAGGAGAAAAGGGGGACGCAUUAUGCUGUGACACAUGACGCGUUUGCGUGUGACGCCUCCUGCAGACCUCGAGACACCAAGAGAAGCCCAUAGAGCCCCAAAGUGUCAUACAAAUACAUUCACUGGUUCUGAUCCUGCUACUUGUAAAUAACCAGUACAAAGAAACGGUGUGUAUUUUCUUUUUUGUUUUUGCGUGUUGCCCAAGUUUUACCAGAGAGAAUAAUGUGAGGUGAAAAAAGGUGAAACAUGUUUUCACUGGUCACUGAAGUUGUUGCUCUGUUAAGAGCAAAUCGUGUUGAAGCUCAAAGACAAAGAUUAUCAUUGUUUUUCUUUACAGUGUCAGUUAAGCCGAAGUCUCUCUAAGCUCAAUAAAUCAGGAGUUGUUUUUGGAUGAAGGCGACUGUAGUUCAGGUGUCUCAAACCAUCUACUUUCCGCUGGUCUUUUAUUUUGAAGAAAUCAUUUACAGAGCUGCAGAUUAACUUUCUUACACCGGUUGCACUGCUGUGCCUAACUUCUCAUUUAGGUGAACCCAUGAAAACAUGAUUUAAUCUCUUCAACAAUACAGUAAAAAUGCAGCAAGAAUUGUUACAAAAAUAUUUUUAUACUUUUCAAUAUCUGACCUGCUGAGUAUCAGGUGCGCUGGUGCAGAUGUGUUGUCGCUCUUGAGAGGUUUUCGGGUGCACGUGCAGCCGAGAUAUUCGUUCCACAGAUCCCUGCAUGUAAUCCUCCAGCACUGCUGCAAAAGAAGCAGCACCGACUGUUAACAUGUCGAGUGCUGCACUGUUGUUGUAGCUUCAUUGUUAAGAAGUAUGAGGAGUGAACGAAGGUGUGAGAAAAACUUUUCAUGGAAUUUGUUGCCAGAAGAAAAAAUAUUGACUCUCAGUCCAACUAAAGUGUAAAGUUUUCCUCUCAGCUAGUGUUUUUUUUCUGGCCUGACUUCUCUCAGCUGUCUCUCAUCAAUUAAAGUUGUUCAACCGAAGUGAAAUGUUUAAAUUUCCAAAGCACUUACAGAUUUAGAGGAAUUAAGAUAAAGCAUUUUCUGUUUCUCCUCAUUUGUGCAUCAUUCAAACAACAUCAAUGUGUGUAGUUCACGUUUUUAUCUACAUCAGUUUUUUUCUGCUUUGUCACUUACUUGUCAGUUGCUCUUGCAUUUAUCAGUGUUUCAUUUCCUUCCUGGCUGAUUUCAGCUCACCGCUGCUGUUUCGUGUUUAUGUAACAGUUCCUAUAAUAAGACUUUACUCCAGACUUUGUUUGUGUUCAUUCACUACAGUCAAAACAUGUGUGAUUUAAUCA